AUGAAAGGAGUGAGAAGAUCACCAAGGGUAAGUCCGAAGAGUAUAAAAGAAGAUGAUUCACAACAGAUUGAUAAAGAUGUAGACCCAAAAAGGAAGAGAGGGAACAAGAAGUUGUUGCUUGAAGAACGGCAACAGGUUGAAAAAAGAAGAAAGAGCAGAAAUGAAGAACCAGAAGCAGAUUCAGAAGAAGACGAAUCGCAACAAGAGAGUCAAAAAGUGAGAUCAACAAAAAGAAAGAGGGAGACCAAGAAGAAGAAUGAACAAAUACAGGAAGCAACGACAAAGAAGAAGAAAAAAAAUGAACAAGAAGCAGUACAUAAAGGGAAGAAAAAGCUGGUAGUUGAUGAUGAUUCAGAGGAUGAAGAAGUAGAAUCCGAAUCAGAAUCAGAAGAACAAAAAGUAGUUGCAGAUGGCAAAACGGAGGAAGAAGAUUAA